GUUUGCCUCGCCGCUUUUCCCACUGCAUGCGCGCUGCUCUGCUGCUCCAGCCCUGAACCCUUCCUGCCUCGGGAGGCUCUCAGGCUCUCCUCCUCCUCCUCCCGGCGCGGGCAGCGGGCGGGGCCGCUGCGAAGGGAGGAUGGAUGGACUGACGGACGGACGGACGGAUGGAUGGGCGGGCCCGGGGGCCGCUCCAGGUGCUGGGGCCGCGGCGUUGCCGGGCGACGGGCGGCCGCUGUCGCUCCCUCCCCGCUGCUCUCCCGUUCUCCCCGCGGCCCCGGCACGGCCGGCAGCAGGACAUGGUACAAUUAAAUAACACUAUGAGCACCUGUCAGUCAAGAUAAAUGAAGAUAAACAGCUGUGACUACUAAAUUAAAAUCUCUGUAGGAGAGGAAUGGGAAAUGAUGCAGAACAGCAGUGGCAUUGGAAGAAAAGGCUCAUCUGAAGACCAGGAAACUGAUUUGAAUUGGCAAAGCAACCCAAAUCCCAGUCUGCUGAUUAAAGAUGAUGGAGAGCUACUUAUGGAUGAACAUCUUUCCCCCAGGAAACUGAAAAUUUUGGCAGGGGUAGAUGAUCUGCAGCAAGUGAAGGCCCUAGAGAUGCGAGUAGACACCAGAGAGAUCAGCUUGGGGAACUUUGGUGUACAUCUGCCUAAUCUGAGAGAACUGAAGUUGAACAAUAGCUUGCUUGUAUCUGUGAGGGAUCUUGGAACAUCAUUGUCCCGUCUCCGUGUCCUGUGGAUGGCUCGGUGUGGGCUGUCAGAUUUAGAUGGGAUCUCUUCCUUCAGCUCUCUAAAAGAACUCUACAUUGCUUACAACAAUAUCUCUGACCUGAGCCAGCUGACCUGGCUGGAUCACCUGGAGGUUUUGGACCUGGAAGGGAACAAUAUUGAGGACAUCAACCAGGUGCAGUACCUGCAACUUUGUUGCAAGCUAAGCCACCUGACAGUGGAGGGCAACCUUAUUUGCCUGAAGCCAAAUGCAGAAUCUGCAGAGGACCCAGACUAUAAUUACAGAGCAGAAGUAAAAAAACUCAUUCCCCACUUGAAGUAUUUGGAUGGGAUACCAGCAAGCCAGACUACCCUCCUUCCUUCCAAGAAGGUGCAUGAAGAUUCUCUAAUCAUCAAGGAAUCCAUCAAGGAAGGUGGUUUAGCCAAAGACAUUUCAUUGUUAGAUCCAUAUCUUGGGGAAGUAGCAAAGCAGUCUGAAUGCAGCCCAAAACCCCCAACAACUUCCAGACCUGGAAAUGCACAGAGUUCUGCUAAUGCAGGGACUUCUCGUGAUGCCAGCCUCUUGGGCGGUGGCUGUCCUCUUCCAGAUCCCACUGUUUUUCCUGAUAAGCUGUUCACAAAAGAUGACUCCAGUGAUUUGACACAUGGACUCCGCCAGGUUAUAUGUGGGAACCCUGCCAAGGCCCUCCAUGUGAGGAGGCAAAAGCUAGGUCCACCUGCUGUGAGGCCUUUGAAACCAUCUGGUCUGACGACAGAAAACCUUUGUGGCUCUGGAGGAGGAAGAGAUCUGCACCUGAAAAAGGUGUCCUCUGACCUGGGAGCAUGGAUGGAGCAGCACAAGGGGUGCCUGCAAACAGGUCAGCAAGAACAAGCCAGCCAAGCACUGAAGGUGAAUGAAGGUGAAGACUGGAGCCUGACUGACAGCUUAGGGAAUGAGUUGAGGGAGGCCUGUGAUGAGGACCUCAUUGAAAGGAUUUCAUUUGACUCUUCUUCCCGCUCCUCCUCAGGUUCAUCACAGGCUCAGGAGGAUGCAGGGUUCUCCAACACAAAACGUUAUCUAAUUCCAUCCCCUCCAAAAAACCCUUCACCUGCCUCUGCAGUGGAUGUUGCAGCAAGACCCUGGAAAACAAGGAUUCAUAGGGGCAUAAAAAUACCCAGCCAAGAGGAGGAUAGACAGUGUACACAGAAAUGCUGGUCAAAGGCUCAUCAAGAGUAUUCAGCCCAGCCUCUGGACAAAGAACCCACUCUCCUGGACCUGCACAGCACGAUGGCUGCCUCUGCAUCCCAAGGACACUGCCAGCAUGUGGGCUGCACCAGCCAGCCAAGGCCCAUUCCAGGACUAGCAGCUGUUGGGUCACCAAGGAUCAGGCCCAUCAUGGAUGAGAGCCCUUCUAAAGAGAUCAACCACCAGCAUCCAGCUGCCUGCUCAUCCACAAAAGCCUUGCAGAGGUUCAGGCCAAUGAAUUCUGUUUGGCCCCUGACUGCCAGGUCCAUUCUGCAGUCAUUGCCACACAAAUCCAGUGCCACAAAAACAUCUCAGAACAGAAGUCCUCAGUCCUAGAAGGUACCCAGUUGCCAGCAUGUGUUGGAGCCAUGUACACGGUGCAGCUGUGAAGGAUCAAUGCUAUCUUGCAGCUUCUUCUGCAAGCUAAACACAGAGCAGUUCAAACAAUUUGUGUGAUUUGCCUCAAUUCAGGAUACAGCUGGUCCACAAAUAUUUUAAGAGCAACCACUGAUCAACCAAUGAGCUAAUGAAUGUCUUAUUACAGAAAAAUAUGGUUAUUUUUGCAACCUAUACACACUAAAACAGAACAAAUCCUAUCACACUUCCUCUCAUCCACACUAUGCCCAGCUCUGUGAGUCAGGCAGGGACACCAAACAGAGCAGAGCAUGGAGCCUGCUGCCUGUGGAGAGGGCUGGAGGAGGUGACCUACCAGCAGCCAGCAGUGUGCCUUUUGCAGUCCUGGAUGUUAAACAUGUGAGGGCCAAAACCAAGGGCUUGAGAGGAAGUGUUGACCAGAGCAGGCUCUGAGGGAAGGGUGUGUUGCCUGAGGAAAAGCCCAGAAAGGCUGGAUGAUUUGAGAGUUUAUGCCCCCACAGGAGCUCACCCUAUUCACAGGCAUUGGAGGUUCUUGUAGGAUGCAUUGCUAUGGGAGCAAAUGCUGAACAAGUGGCUUAUCCCAAUAUUAACAUGUUUGUUUGCUCCAUAGCUACCUGGAAGGAUUUGUCUCACUUCCUCUGAAUAGACAUUGCAUUCCAGAACUUCUCCAGCAGAGCUGACUUCUGUCACCAGGUGUCAGAGCAUCCUCUGCAUGUGCCUUUCACCUCCAUCCCAUUUCUGGCUUUCUCAGAUCAAAUAGACUUUCCAAUUUGUUAUAAUUGGAUAAUUUUAAGUGAUGAUGCAGCAAAGCAGGGAAGUAAGGGAAUAAUUUAAUUUUUUAUUUCAAUAGGGCAUUUGCUCCAUGUUCAGGUAAGAGCCAAAACAUCUG